CUGAACUGAAGGACGAAACUACAAGGAACAUCUUCACGUCAGCCAUCAAGGAAAAUGUGCGACACUAAGCAACAUCCGUAAAGGAACCCGUGUGGAAGAACACUGGGACACUUUGAAAGAGAUGUGGAAAGAAACCUGCAUAACUGUAUUAAGAAGGAAGGAGAGAAAAGGUAAGGAAUGGAUCUCGACAGACACAUGGAAGCUGAUAGAGGAGAAGAGAAGGGUGAAGCAGAAGAUAAACCAGUGCAAGAAUGAACAACGAGAAGAGGAACUGAGUACAACGUAUAAAACGCUGGACAAAGAAGUGAAGAAGAGUGCACAGAAAGACAAAAGACACUUCUACGACACACUGGCAAGUGAAGCAGAACAGGCUGCAGGUAGGAGAGACAGAGACCUAACAACAUUACAUCAAAUAACCAGGUUACUAUCUGGUAGGGAAGAGAUCAACAUAGAUGAAACCAGUAAAAGAUGAUGAAGG